UACGCCUGUUCCAUCACCCUGCUGGCCUGGCUGUUUUACAUGAAGAAGUUGGCAGCGUCGCCAGCAGAGCAGAAGGUGGCUGCAGCGAGUCACAGACCGAAGUCUUCUCUGCUGGACCGUGCUGCACCCAGCGAGUGUCUGCCAGACUUGAGCCUCGCUAAUUCUUCUCUCACACUACCAGAGCUUCACCACGUCUUCUUAACGUACAAACACUGCCGGAACUUCGUGGCCCUGCUGAAGCCCUCCCGGUGCAGCGAGGAGACGUUCCUCUUGCUGGCCAUCAAGUCUUCCCCGAUCAACGUGGACCGGCGGGCGGCCAUCAGGAACACGUGGGGGAAGGAGAUCUCCAUCGGCGGCAGGCAAAUCAGGCUGGUCUUCCUUCUGGGGCGCCCGGAGGCCAGGCUCCAGCUGCAGCCCCUGCACCAGCUGCUGGCCUACGAGAGCCAGGAGUUUGAUGACAUCUUGCAGUGGGAUUUUGUUGACAACUUCUUCAACUUGACCCUGAAGGAGCUGCAUUUCCUGCGCUGGUUCAUGGAGGACUGCCUGCACGCCAGGUUUGUGCUGAAGGGCGACGAUGAUGUCUUCGUCAACACUUACAACAUCGUGGAGUUCCUCCAGGAACUGGACCCUGAACAGGAUCUCUUUGUUGGGGACGUGAUCACCAACGCCCGGCCCAUCAGGAACACCAAGGUCAAAUACUUUAUUCCAGAGUCCAUGUACAGAGCCCCCUUCUACCCUCUCUAUGCAGGCGGGGGGGGCUACGUGAUGUCUAGGGAGACAGCGCGGCGCCUCCAGAGCACCGCAGAGCACAUGGAGCUCUUCCCAAUAGAUGAUGUCUUUGUGGGAAUGUGUCUGGCAAAGAUGGCAGUGACCCCAAAGAACCACUCUGGCUUUAAGACUUUUGGGAUCCAGAGACCUUUCAAUCCCUUUGAUCCGUGCUUUUACAAAGGGCUGAUGGUCGUGCACAAACUGAACCCCACCGAGAUGUGGAUCAUGUGGACGCUGGUGAAGGAUGACAGCAUCAGGUGUGCAGUGUCAGUAACACACAGCUACAGAGUGGGCUGGAGAAGGAGCUCCCGAUGA